ACACACCUUUGUUCCGCGUCGGGAUGCUGUUUUAUUUCUCUCCCCGGGGGCCACUGAUUCGGAUUGAAUCAACCGGGAAGAAAAAUAAAAUAUCAGGAUGUACUGUACUUACUCACCCUUCCUGUCUCCAGACUGUCUUGAGGGAUCCUCCCUUUUGAUAAGGGCUAAUUAGAUAAAACCUGAACGCAAAUAUAAAGUACACCUGGGGAAAAAGAGGAGGGGGAAAUACUAACAGGCCAUUCUGGACUGCAGAUUUUAAGGGAUCGACGUUUAAAAAAAAGUGUGUGCUUUCACUUCCAUCGGGUGCUUUUUUCCACCAUAUCCCUUUUGAGUUUCCACUUUAAGCAGCUCUUCCUAGUGACUUAUUUUUCCUGAGAUGGCCCAUGUGGAAGAGGAAGUACUAAAGAUGAGUGACUCUACAUCUCCAGUCUGUGUGAAAGUUUUGACUCGGCUCCAAGCUUAUGGCAUCAUGUUGGAAUACAUCACUUACCCUCGUGUGACGCUCACCUCUGCCUCUCGCCUGUGUGUGCGGCACAGCCCUCCUGGAGACUUUUCAAGACACUCUCUCACCCUCUUAGAUCCCCAUAUGUCUCCUAAGGAGAAUGAGCCUCCCCCAAGCUGGACACUGCAUCAAGUGGAAGGGGCCCUGGCAAAUCCCUGUCACCCGUUGCUUGCUGUUAGAGCAGGGCAGCUGGCCCAGGUCUAUGAUGUGGACCAGCGUUCCUUAAGGUACCACUAUGAAUUUGCCCACCCUAUUGAGCACUGGAUGUGGUUAGAUGCAGACACUCUGGCUGUAGUGACGGAAGUAGAUGUCUUCCACUGGACUUUGAAACGCACCAGACCAAGAUGGCAGUUCAGCCGGCAUGAACGACUUUGGGGCAUGGAAGUGAUAGGGUAUCAACGGGAUGCCAGUCAUAGCUGGAUGGCCCUUUUAGCUCUAGGACUUGACCAGGGCUUAGUUGUGGGUCUCACCCAACUCUAUUGGCGAGGGGGACCCCUAUCUCAGGUCAUAGAAGCUCAAGCAAUGGCUUUGCCUCAGCACAGAUUUUCCAGCAAUCCAAACCCUUCAACUGCCCUCUUGGCUGCUGUACGGAGAGGCAAGGAACGGACUGGUGAGUUCCAUGUGGUGGAGCUUGGCCCACACCAGACAGGGAAUGCAGCCCUACUUAGUGCUCGUGGCACCUUGCCCUUCAAGGGGGCUUCAGUUGGAGACUUUCCUAGUGCUGUACAGUUCCUCCCUGACUUGGGCAUAGUGGUGAUACUUACCAAACAUGCCUUACUCUUCCUUGUGGAUGUCGAGACAGCACAAACUAUCCAUCACAUCCAGCUGCCCUGGGACAUCAUUUUUGCUACAGUACGUGAUGACAACAGGCCCCAUAGCUUGUUGGGAGUCUGCCGGAGUGGGAAGGUGCUUUCUAUCUCUGUCUGCCCCUAUGCUUUGUGCCAAUAUCUGUCUCACCACCCUGCCAGCCUCUGUCUUUCUCAACGAGUGCUGCAACUGGUUGGCAAGACGCCUCGUUGAUGGACCACUCUCCCUGUGGCGUGACUUGAGACCCACAUACUGAACGCUGCAAUCUCACACUGUGCCAUACAAACCUCUUGCAGUUUGAGGGAAGAGAGAAGCAAAUGGGGUGGAGGUGAGGGUUGGUGAUGUCCACAGCAACAAUGGGCAGCGUGGAGCAAUGUGUAUUCCCCAGGCCUGCUGAACUAGGGUGGAUCUGGGGACGCAAGAAUGGGUGGCGUUGAAGAGAAAAAGGACUUUGGUAAAUGUGAAUUUGGUGCUUGUUUUGUAUAUUGGAGAGAUUUUAUUUGGAGAAAAGGGUAUCUGCUGAAGGGAGGAUUUAUGCUGUAAGGGGGGUAGGAAACCUGUGGUUCUGGAGAUGGGAUUCUCUACACGCUAUCAUUAAUCUGGUUUUCUCUCCAGACAAAUUAUAGUAGCUUGAGUGCAGCUUGAACAAGGGUGGCAGAUGUGUCCCUUGUCUGCAAGGAAUGCCAGCUCAGUGAAAAAGCAGAGAGAGAGAGACUAGUUACACCUUUGCCCAUCGCACAUUUGUGCAAUCGGCUGCUAACCUGUUGCUUUGAGAAAUAAAAAGAAAUGGAAUGGGUAAUGUGCUGUUUGCUUGU